AGGCAUCCGGUAACCGCGAGCACAACCUCGCGAGCAUCGUCGACUACGAUGUCGAGACAUGUUCGCUAUGAUUCACUCUCUAAGGAAUACCCGUCACCAUCAAACAUGAAUAUACCACCGAUCUAUUCAUCCCGUUCCUCCUACCCGACAUUCCUCUCGUUCCACGAAACAGCCCGUCUCCAACUACGUGCCGCCACUCGAGGACUCUGGGACGCAUUCCGAUGGGAUACUGUAAUCAGACUGGUUGCGAGUGAUGCCGAGAUUCGCUCGAAUAUCUUCAAGAGUCUUCUUUUGAAUUUUGUGUCUCUGGCAUCUAUAUACUUCUUCGAUCUUCUUCUGGCACCCUUGUCGCAGGGGCAACAGAAAUGGUUACAUCGCAAUGUGGGAUGGUUCUAUCAGGUACUUUGGUUGCUUCCAGUGGUUGGCGUUUCCUUCUACUUCAAUAGUUCUUGGUGUACAGUCAUCGCGAAACGAACAAUCACUUUACGACACGGCUCACGGGCAACGGUACCUCCGCCGUCCUCUUAUACGGGUAUCUUGAACUCUAUCGCAACAUCGGCGUAUAGAGUGAUCAUGGUGUUUACCUCGAUUAUCGUCUCAUUUGCCUUGCAGUUGAUUCCAGUGCUGGGACCCGUCGCUGGUUUUAUCUUCCUCUGUUGGGUUGACGCGUAUUAUUGCUUCGAAUUCAUCUGGAUUGCACGUGGACUCUCGCUUUCCCGCAGAUUACGACACCUCGAAGAACGAUGGGCAUACUACUUCGCCUUCGGUCUCCCGUCAGCUGCCCUGUGCAUGUGGGGUAGUAGUCUGGCUAAUGCCGCACUUUUUGCACUCUUCUUCCCAGCUUACAUAAUUAUGGCAAUGCAUGCAAAACCACAGCCAAUCGAUCCCUACAACCCAUCAGGUGGAGAAACACUUCAGCACCCCUCUCCAUACAUCCCCAUACGCAUACGCAUCUUUGCACCCGUCACCUUCCUCAAUGACACCAUCAUCAGAGUCGUUAGUAUCGGGAGCAGGACUGCUGCUAACCUCGCCGCCAGCGGAGGAAACGGAGGAAGUGGAAGUAUGAAUUCAAGGCAUCGAAGGACGUUAAGUGAUAGUGUAGAGAGUGUCGAAGAAGGUGCAGGGACAGAGAGUUUAGAAAUGAACAGGCUGAAGACUCGGCCAGAACCUGCGGAGAGACCUGCGAGUCAGGCGAAGGCGACUUCGAGGGUGAGGUUGCGUGGCCGAGGGGAAUCAAAUAGACGGAAGUUGGAUUGAUGUAAAUUUUUGACCCUUUCAUCUUCUCAUCUCAGCGUAUGGUAGACUUUUCUCCAAUCGAUUUCCCGCAUUCACCGGCAUAUUUCAUUUCAUGGCACCUUGUACACUGUAUACCUGUUGCUCCACAUACGUUCCACAUUUUAUCAGGAGUUAUCUAACCAAACCCGGCCCACUCAAUGGAAUAAUAUGAUACUUCCUGUUUCUCGUCAUCCC